GUCGCUGCUCCAUGGAGGCCCACUGCUUAAAGUUCCCUACGUCACGUCCUCCUUUCUCUUCGACCACCGCCAUAGUGGGGAAAGGAUUGUGGAGAAAAUGUCGUCCCACAAGACUUUCAGAAUCAAGCGCUUUCUGGCCAAGAAGCAGAAACAGAACCGGCCGAUUCCUCAGUGGAUCAGAAUGAAGACCGGCAACAAGAUCAGGUACAACUCCAAGAGGAGACACUGGAGGAGGACCAAACUCGGGCUGUAAACAUGAUGGCCUGUGGAUCACAGCAUCCCAACAUCUGCCAGGACCUCCAGCUGCUUGGCCUAUCGUCCUGGAGGGAGCUACAUCAUCUGGAGCAGCAUUUGUUUUGUACAGAUACUCUGGCUGUGCACAUGUUUGACAAUAAAAGAUCACUGAUCAGAUUUGAAA